AUGAUUGCUUAUUGCAGCGCGAUGUUUACUUAUCUUGUCUCUCGAACCACUUGGUUAAUGCCAAACUUCAUAAACAUAAACAGGACUCUUCCACUUUUCUCUUUCUUUGUGAUUUUCUCUCUCGCUUUCCUAAUCUCUCUCUUUCCUAAUCUCUCUCUCUCUAUCUCUCUCUCUCUCUCUCUCGCUCUCUCUCUGUUAUUUAUAUGUAGUGUCACCUUCUCACUCCCUUCUUUACAUCUCAUCGUCGAGUCGCAACACUUGCUUAUUCAUAGCGUCAAUCAGGAUAAUGUUGAUGAAUUGGCGAGCAAUGAAUUAUGUGUUCAUGUAUCUGAAUUUAUUUAUUUCUAUUCUUGUUCUAAUUCGCACAGGUUUUCUCCAAGUGUCUUCCUCUAUCUGGCUUACACUUUGCCUCCUCUAUGGCUGCUUGAACUCGACCUCCUGAAGCGUCGUAUAGAACAUCGGCACACCAACGGUUAUCUUCGAGCAACAGAGGUACAAAAUGUCGCUUUCCUUCCAGGAAAGAUACGUCUCCCCAUUUCAUUGGAUCCUGAAAAAUGGGUACGCAUCUUACAACAGGUCCUCCUCCUCUUGUUAAUCAUCGGCCGAUGGCUUCUUCCCAAGGGCAGAAUUUCACGUGAACAGCUUUCCCAGUUGCUGCUUAUCUACAUCGGGAUGGCAGCCGACAUUAUCGAAUUGUUUGAGGCGUUCAAGGAGACUGCUGUCAUGUACAGCUGGGACUUAACCGUCGUUAUUCUUUCUCUAUGGACAGCCAGUUUGCUUCAGUUCACGUUUGUCGUCGGUACAGACAAAAGCCAAAACAACCGCAGCCCUGUCUACGUCGAAGAAGCUGGUAACCAAGCGAUAACUUCAAGUCGGAAUGGGAUGCGUGAUCAGAAACAUGCUUGGAGCGAAAACGUGACUGAUGCAGAAGAUUCUGUUUUGUCGAGUCGACGUCGUCAUCAUCGUCGUUGUUCCACUUCUGGUCGCUGUUGUCAUUGCUGUACAGCGGACGCUGUGUCCAUUUUGACGUCAAUAUCUUUACAGGACGGACCGUUCCUCGUUCUGCGCAUGCUUCUAAUCUUUCGUUACAACGUUCUAAGUUACACCAACAUCUUUUUCACGUCAAAAAAUACGCUUGUCAUUCUGUUACAGGUUUAUAGGCUCACGGUUCUUUAUUGGGAGCGGCGACAUAAGAAAAAAGUCAAGAGAAACAAUGAAGAAAACGAUCAAAGAAGAGGAGUUGUAGCAAUUACAAAAAAGGGACCGGUCCGCGCCAGUGGAGGGGACAGUGGGCAAGAAAAGGAUGAGUUUGGACUUCAUCAGUCAGAACGGAAGGGUCAUCACGGAAGGAAAAGCAAUGGUUGUUUCUGCUGCACUCAUCAAUUUAAUGUUGAUGAUUUAGUCAAAGAUCUACAAUAUAGAAAAGAAGAAGAAGAAGAAGAAGAAGAUGAAGAAGAAAUUGUUAUUGAUAAAGAAGAUCUGUGUGAAGAGUUAAGUGAAUCCGACAUGUUCGAAAUAGUGACGUGUCCUUCGCUUAAGGAUUCGUCAAUGUGGGAAGACUUUUCAUGUCCGCCUUCUACAGAGUUUUGUUCAUUGAAGCGAGUAAAAAGUCAACAGUCAGACGAAAAAAGAAGGCGUAUUGGACACCGAAACGAAGGAGAUGUUGAGCCAUGUCAACGGCAUCGAUAUGAUUGCCACAGCUGCAAAAUAGAAAGUGAAACACCGCAAAAGUCAAAUGCAGAAUUCCGAGACAAAUCUCAAAAGUUACCAAUAUCGCUGCAACGUCAACAGAAAACUAAUUCUUGGGAAAUAAGCCAAAAGAAGAAAAAUAAAAUGAAUAAAGAGGAAGAAAAAAAUGAGAAAAGCAGACGCUUCAUGAAAAUUCUUAAAGCAACACUUCAAGAUGAACAGGAGGUUGAACCCGUUCGGCAGCUAAAUCAAACUUCUAAAUCGUUAACAAAAUCUUUCCGAAAGGAUCCCAAAUUGAAACGGCCUAAAUUAUUUCAGGUUGCUGUAGAGGCCCGAAGGCAGAGCGAACAAUGGGAGACAGACUUUGCAGAUAAAGAAGGCUUAAAACCUGAUUUAAAUGAAAUGGCAAGAUGUCCAAAUUGCGCUAAUUCAGAAAAUGAACCACAAUAUGGCCGUAAGCGAAGGCGGUUGCCUGAAGGCGUUGUUGUUUGUAGAAUCAAAGAACAGAUGCACAAUGAUUUUGUCUAA